GGCGCUUCUGGUAGUGCGGUGCGGGGCUGUUUGUUUGUGCCGGCUGGGGGAUGUCUGAACCAGCUCAGCAGCCUGCUCCUGGGGCCCCGGAAGGGGGAGCCCCUGCCGGGGGCCCCCCGGGGCCACCCCCCAAUCUGAGCAGUAACCGUCGGUUGCAGCAGACGCAGGCCCAGGUGGAGGAGGUGGUUGAUAUAAUGCGUGUAAAUGUCGACAAGGUACUGGAACGAGACCAGAAACUGUCAGAGCUUGAUGACCGGGCAGAUGCACUUCAGGCUGGUGCCUCAGUAUUUGAAAGUAGUGCAGCAAAACUCAAAAGGAAGUACUGGUGGAAGAACUGUAAGAUGAUGAUCAUGAUGGGAGUGAUUUGUGCCAUUGUGGUGGUGGUGAUUGUAAGGUUUGUAGGGGCAGGGUAUGAGAGAAGGAGCUCCUGAUGCUGCAGACAUUGAAUCCAGAUGUGGACAUUCCUCUGCUGUCCACUGCUGGGGAGUGAGAGAUUCACUUCAUGCGUCUGCACACGUGUACCUGACUCUGCAAGAAUUCCUUGUUGCCUCUGGGCACAACUCAGCCCCACACUGCUUCAGCUACCAUGGGCCUCAUCAUGGACCACUACCAUGGAUCUCACCAAGAACGGCUGGCAACUGCUUCUGGUCCAAAAGACAGGGCUGAAACCAUCCAUCCUCAGUGCAGGUCAGAUCUGUGAAGAAGCUGCCAUUGUAUGGUUGUGAGAUGGUCUUCUCUACAAACAGAGGUACCCAAGAAGAACUGUGAGGACUGCAAUGCCAUGCUCUUGAAAUGGAGAUUCUUGCAUCAAGCUUCUGAUCUUCAAGACAAUUACAGCAGGAGGGCAUGAAUGCUUGCCCUGAUGCUUUGUCCCAUCCCACCCAAAUCACAUGGGUUGCAGUGAUUCCUUGCAGCUCAUUGACAAAGACAGGAAGAUGUGGGGAGGGCUGGUGUUCCUUCCAGGGUCACUGUGGAAAUCUGUUUCUUGUUGCACACUAGGAUCAAAUGAAUAACUGUCCAUUGUUGCCUUGUGGACUGUAUGGAAUAUGUGACUGAUUGAUUUCUGUACAUUAGGCCUUUUGCUAUAAGUGUGUGAGAGGUGCAGCUGACUGGUGGAAUUCGAAGCUUCUCAGCCUGAGCAUGUGGUACCAAGGUGGAGAUUAGGUUUAUGAAAGCCAGUUCUCCCUGCUGUAGGGAGCUGUAUAAUCAUAACACUUCAGGCACAAAAGAAGGAUUCUUCCUAGUCAGAUCUAUGAUGGCCUUGGAGAUUACAAGUAAUGACAAGCACAGCCUGGGGGAGAGUGGACUCCUGGUACUUUCAGAGAUGUCAUCCUCAAAUGUUUCAAGAGUGACAUCUCCGUGGUUGAAAAAGCAACCCUUGUUCAUCCUGUCCUUGCUGUGGUGCCUUAAAACAGGACCACUGAAUUCCAGUAGUGUGUAUACAGCUGCUGCACGGCUGGAGAGGGCUGCACACUGGUGGUCUGUGUGACAACUGACCACUCAUAUAUGUCAUCUGCCAUAUUCCAGAAAAGGGCUUUGAAUCAGCAAAGCAUCUGUUCUGCAGUCUGGCUCUAAAGAAGCAGUGUCCCCAGUUGCUCUGAGUGAUGAUAUGCUGCCAAAUGGAAGCAAGCUCAGAGUUUAUUUAAACACUUUACAGAUGCCUUAUUGCUGAUGCACAUUUGCUUUGAAAUGCAUACCAGCCAAAAUUUAGCUAUGUUCAUAAAGUGCAUCUAAACAAAUGUAGUUAGACUGCUGGAUCAACGUUGCUAGCUUAAAUUGAUUGAGCGAAGGAAUAAUUAAGCAAAGGGAACCUCUGCAGAAAAGAUAAUCCUGAGCUCAGAUUUACUCACAGUGACAACUCUUUCAAUAUCACGUUAGGAGUUUUUGCAGUCUUCAUUCACAAUACGACAGUCACAGCUCCUAAGUAACCAUGUAUGUAGAGAACUUGACCUUACACUUUGCAGGUUGACAAAAUCCCUAACAAAUCUCACGUCUCGUAUCUCAUAUCAAAUUCCAAUUCCAAAAAUUGGAAUUCCAAAAAUUCCAAAUGAGCUGAUUUAAUACUUCUAUAUUUAAUAUUUAUUUGUAUGAUACAGCAUACCCUGUGGCAGGUUGGUCUGGCUAACAACUGCUCAGAUGGUGACCAGAUCCCUGUUCCAUUCAUAUGGCCAUACACUGGUGCCAUGUGGCACUUGGCCACUGCCUAUUUGACCUUGGAAAGCAGUACGUCUGUCUGUCAGGGACGUACAACAUAUAAUAUUACUUAUUCAUAUCCUUACAAUGUAAUCAAGUUCAUCUUUGAUAAACUUUUGGUCCCUUAGUGGCAUUUUCUGCAAUAAGCAUUUUAUAUUUAAAAUAUAAUUAAUAUUGUCAUUAAGCACAUCACUUUGUUUAUCAGUAUUACUUCCGCUUCAGUGUGUAUGCCUAAUUUCUUGUAGUUUGAGUUCAGCUUGAGACCUUUAGGGUCACAGAAUUCAGAUUACAAGUGGGGAGCAUCAGAGAGCAGGCAGCUGGGUAAAAUUCAAGUGCCACGGUAUAUUUCUCCUUAAAAGGAGUAUGGCAACUCCUAAUGUAUCUCCUAUACCUUUCCAUUAUAUUUUCUUAGCUUUACACUGUCUUAUUGGCCAAUGGAUUAAUACCUGGCUCCGAGCCUGGUGUGCCUGGCAGGGGUUUGGGUUUUUUGACCUCUUCUCGAUUUACAUGAGACCAGACCUGCUGGCAACCAAUGGGAGUAACUUAUCCCACCGAUGGAAAGGGGUCUUACAAUGGGAGUUGGGAAGGUUCAUUGAUAGAGCUUUAAACUAGGUAUGAAGGGGGUGUAACUCGGGUUACUAGUAUGGAGCCUGUAUGUAACGUGACAGUGCUUGUGGGAGAGGGAUGUGCUAGUAAGAUCCCACAGUCUUGUGCCCUGGUGAAGGAGAAGGAUGACUCACCUUUUUGUAAGAAGAACACAAGGGCUGGUGUGAGGCUGGUGGCUAUGGAAACACCUGGGUAUGGUCAAGAGUUAGGGCUACUCCCACUCAAAAGGUGGCCCAGCUCAGGUGCUCUUACACCAACGCACACAGCAUGGGUAAAAAAGAGGAGGAGCUAGAGGCCAUAGUGAGGUUGGAAAGCUAUGAUAUAGUCGCCAUCAUGGAGCUGGAGUGCUGUCAUGGGUGGCUACUGACUUUUCAAAAGAGAUAGGCAAGGCAGGAAAGGCGGUGGUGUUGAAUAAAAGGCUAAUCUGUUAAGUUGUUAAGAGUAGUUGAGCACGAACAAUGGGAACGAUAUGGGGCCAUUAGUUAGGGGUGGGGUUUGGGGCGAAGAAUAGGUGUGGAAUAUUGUACUAGAAUCAACUGUAAAAACUACUCCUUGUACCAUAAAUAUGUAUGUAUUUCCUCUAUAAAGAGGGAUGUUUACCUGCUUUCGGUGUGCAGGCUAGGAAGGAGUUAUCCCCCCCUGCACCUGACCGGCCGAAUAAAACAUACCUGCUCUACAGCUACUUCGUGGUUAUAGAGAUUGUUCCACAAGUCAGUGUAGCCCUUUAUCUUAAGAAAGAAUGUGAAUGUAUGGAAAUUAAUGAUGGUGAUGACUGGGUUGAGAUCUUAUGGAUCAGAAUAAAAGCGAAGGCCAGUAAGACUGACAUUAUAACGGAAGUCUGCUAUAGGCCACCCAACCAGGAUGGAGAGGUGGACAAGACACUUUAUAGACAGUUGGGUGAAGUCUCAAGGUCUCUCCCCCUUGUUCUUAUGGGGGACUUCAACUUCCCAGACAUCUGCUGGAUAUAAUACAGCAGAUAAGGAACAGUCCCGGAGGUUCCUAGAAUGUGUGGGAGAUAACUUUCUGACACAGCUGGUGAAGGAGCCAACAAGGAUAAGCAAAAUCCUGGACCUGCUGUUUGUUAACAGAGAAGCUCUUGUGGGGGAUGUAAAGGUUGGAGGCCAUGUGGGGCACAUUGAUCAUAAAGUGCUAGAUUUCUCCACCCUUGCUGAACCACAGAGGGGAGUCAGCAGAACUGCCACCUUGGACUUGCAGAGGGCAGACUUUAGCCUCUUCAGGACCUUGAUUGAGAGGGUCCCUUGGGAGGCACUUUUGGAGGGGAUGGGAGCCCAGGAAAGCUGGGAAUACUUUAAGGAAGUAAUUUUAAAGGUGCAGGAGCUGGCCAUCCUCAUGUCAUGGAAGAUGAGCUGAUGGGCAAGGAGGCCAGACUGGCUGAACCUUUGGCUGGAACUGAAGAACAAAAGGAAAGUUUAUAGUCUUUGGAGGGGUGGGCAAGCAACUUAUGAUGAUUACAAGUAUGUAGUGAAGCCAUGAAGGGAGAAAAUUAGAAAGGCCCAAGCCCAGCUAGAACUGAACUUGGCCACUAAGGUAAAGGACAACAAUAAAUAUUUCUAUAAAUACAUCAACAGCAAGAAGAGGGCUUGUUGUACACCGAGGGCAACAUGGUGACCAGGGAUCAGGAUAAGGCUGAGGUACUUAAUGCCUUCUUUGUCUCAGUCUUUAAUAGUAAGACUAAUUACUCCCUGGGCACACAGGGCAAUUAGUCCCUUGCACCAGGGCAGGUUUAGGCUGGAUAUCAGGAAAAACUUCUUUACAGAAAGCAUUGUUAAGCACUGAAUGGGCACCCCAGGGAGGUAGUUGAGUCAUCAUCCCUAAAUGUGUUUAAAAACUAUUUGGAUGUGGUGCUCAGGGACGUGAUUUAUUGGAGGGUUGUUAGAGUUAGGGUAGUAUGGUUAGGUUGGGGUUGGACCUGAUGAUCUUUAAAGUCUUUUCCGACCUGAGCAAUUCUAUGAUUCUAUGAAAAGACAGGCAAAUCACCAGCUCUCAUUUCAUACACAACAAAGACAUUGGUAUUUUGUUAAAUUAAAAGAGAUCAAUGUCUCUUUUAACUGAGGUCAUUAACUGGUUUUGAUUAAAUGUCAGUAAUCUGGUCUUUAUUUGAAGAUCUUGUGAGAUAGUCUACCACUUUUGCUGACAGGCAGCAAGGAAAAUCCUCUUCACCACUGAGUAUGUUUUGUCUUAUCCUACUUGGAACAUUCCUAAAUUUAACUUGCAGCUGUUGGUUUCUCCCUGUGCCUGUCUCUGCAGGUUGAAGUUCCAUCAGUGCCCACACUUUGUGGUGUAAUUAAGGGAAACAGUCAUAGUAAGAUCAGAGCAGUGUCUCAAAAUGCCUCCCUAGAAGACAAAUUUCUGAACUUCCUAAUUGAUCAUUCAGCCCUGGAUCACCUUCAGACUUUCCAUACAUAUUUUUUAAAAGUGUAGGCACCUGCACAGUAGGUGGUUUAGCAGAGUUUUAUGGUUCAAUGGCAUGGGAACAAUGUGGAUGUCCGGUACCCAAAGAAAUGCCACCAGCACUACCGAGCAUCAUGAAUUGAUCGGUUAUGUUUGGAUGAACAGAUGAGUAUUACUGAACUUCCCAUGGCCCAUGUAGAUCUGAAGUACUCACUCCACUUGCCAUUUGCAACUUUUACUGACAAUAAUUUAAAAUGGUAUCUCCUGCUCCUAGCACUGAAAAGCACUGGGCUCACCAUCCCUUAUGCAGAGGCACACAUUUUUGGCAGUGAUUGAUGCUGCUGUUUGGAUUACAAACUUUUGACAUUUAUGUGUUAGGCAGUAACUAAUCCAUACAAUGCAAACUGUGAUGCAUACACACACUGUUAUUUUUCUCUUCAGAAUGUCAUGCUGAUUUACAAAUUCACCAGUUUGUUAAAUCUGCACCAGUACUUUUAUCAACCAAAUGUAUUAUUUCAUCAAGGAAUUAAGUUGGGUAUGUUUCUCACAACUUAAAAAAAAAAUAAGGAAAGAAAUGUUCUAAAUGCCUUUUAUCAGAUUCACACUCUCUGGUAGAUGGUUGUUGCUAGAGAAUCAUAGAAUGGCCUGGGUUGAAAAAGACCACAAACAUUGAAACAUUGAGUUUCAACCCCCCUGCUAUGUGCAGGGUCGCCAACCACCAGACCAGGCUGCCCAGAGCCACAUCCAGCC